CAUUCAGCCCCCAAUGGCAGCCAUCCUUUAGCCAAGUUUCAGAGAUGGCCACAACGUCAUAGUUGCCAAUCUGUAGCUGAAGUUCAAGAUCGUCCAUUUUAUUUCCUGUGUGUGUAUUCAGAUAUAACACGUUCAGUUCAGUAUUUGUUGCUUUCUGUUUUAACUGCACCACGCCUCUAUUGUCCAGUAAUUCAUGCCUUAUCUCCUGCCUGUCCUUUCUAUCAUAUCUUUUGCAAGCUAUGAUCUAUUUCUGCUUUCCCCUUCCUCAGCCCUAUCACUCCGGUUCCCAUCCCCCUGCCAAAUUAGUUAAAAUCCUCUCUAAAAGCUCUAUGAAACCUGCCUGCUCGGAUACUGGAUCCCUUUGGGUCCGUGCUUCUUGUACGGGUCGUACUUCCCCAGAAGAGGCCCCAGUGAUCCUGGAAUCGGAAGCCCUGCCCCGCUACAUCAGUGUUGUGUGCAGACUGUAGCCUCUCAGACGUAAGAACGUUGUGGGAAAUCCCAGAUACUUCACAACGUAGUACGACAAACGGCAGCUGCUAACUGUAUUCAUUGGGAUUUAAACAUCCUACCGUGCAUUUCCUCCGCACGGGACACGGGACGAGUUCCCAGCACGGGACACGUUUCACACAAACGCGAAAGCUGAGGACAGCAUCGAAGAAAACUUUUUAUUGGUCAGGACGCCCAGUUCUCGCCACGCAUUUCUGCUCCCACGGCACAAUCUCACGCUUGCCGCCGACGGCUGUCGGUUCCGGUUCAGGUUACAAGCGGACCAGCGAGGCUGGCAGUUUGGGGUGCAAUUCAUGUGAGCUGCCGACCUGUCACAUCCGAUUCGCUGAAACCUUCAUUCACAAGGUUUUAAAAAAGAGAGACAAAUGGGUUUAGUAGAGAUGCGCCGAAUGCACUAAUAUAACUCUAGCAGUACGACGACCUCCUAGCAGAUCAGAUCACAUAUGUGCACAAGUUUUCAGUUCAAAGAAAAUUUAUUAUCAAGAGACUGUUCUACGUGAAAAUCUCAGAGGGAUCAGUGGUUUUUGAGAUACUCAAGCCACCCCGUCUGGCACCAUCAGUCAUUCCAUGGUCAAAGUCACUUGGAUCACAUUUCUUCACCACACUGUGCUGAUGGUUUGGUCUGAAGAGCAACUGAACCAGAUGACCAUGAGCCGACAUCACCACGUACAUCUCGGUCACUCUGUCUUCGUCCACUCCCAUCAGGCAGAGCAUACAAACGCAUGAGAAGGUGCCCCACUGGGCUCAAAGGAAACUUCUAUCCUGCUGUGAUAAAGCUCCUCAAAGGACGUCUUGUACUAUAAAGUGUCCAGAGCACAGCAGGUCUACGAGGUUGGUUGUGCCUCGCCUGACGGCAGUUCACAGACAUGAACAGUGCUUUUCUACUGCUGGUGUGGGCUGCCUCUACAAAGAUCACGUGGGAGGAAAAGAUCGAGCUUGUCUCAGCACCUGGGGACUUGGUUUGGUUUCCUGGUGUGGAUGUGGAUCAAAGGAGCCCGAUUGGGUUGUUCCAAUGGAAGAAGGCCAGCAGCAGGAACGAUACGAAGGAACAAUUGAUGAAGCCGAUUCUGCAGUUUCACAAGAGCAGCAAGGAGCCUGCCUUGAUUCAAAAAUACAACGGGCGCAUCAUCUUCUCCGCGUUUAAUGGGUCAUUUGCCAUUCAUAACAUAACACAUGAAGAUGAAGGUCUUUAUCAGCUCUUCAUCAACCUGCGAAGAGUUGCAGUGCGGACGGUUUGGAUGACAGUAGUAGGUAAGCUGUCAGCAGUUUCAUUGCGGAGUAACUCCAGCUCCCUGGGUGAUCCCAUCCAGCUCAACUGUACCAUCAGUGGAUAUCCUCAUUGGUAUCAGUGGCGGAAAGAUGGAGGGAGGAUCGGCCCACGUCACCAGCUAGUGAAUGGGAACAGUGUCCUCAUCAUCCCAGGGGCCUCAAGUGCUGACUGUGGAACGUACACCUGUAUUGCAACGAAUCCUGUCAGCUCUGUCCAAAUAAAUUACACCCUGACUGUUUAUGGUAUUCCCCCAGAACAGAUUAUGGUCAUUAUGCUUGGGACUGCAGGCCUGUUUUUCUUUGGAGUGAACGUUUUUGGGUCAGCUGCGUUCCUAUUAUUUAAGCACAUCUCAGUGCAAGCAGAAUUUCAAGGGAAACUAUAUCUCCUCUUACUGUGGAUGACUUCCUGGCACAUUCCGUCUCUCGUUGCCAUUCAGUUGGCGCUCAUUUCCUGGUGUAUUGUUAAAGGUAUUGUCACUAUAACAAUAAUUGUUUUAUUCUCUGCGUCUCUGCUACUGUUGUCCAUGCCUGCACUGGCAAAGAUUAACAGCGGCCUGGAACGUUGUGUUUCCGUGGCUGUACCGAUGAGUGGAUUUCUUGUGAUCUGUUUAUCCAAUUACGUCCUGAAGGAAAAGUUUCACCAGUUGAAUAAAGGUUGUCACAGCCGCACUCUGACCUGGGGCACGUUCCUCAAAUCGACAGUUGCGAUUGCAGUGAUCCACUCCGUGUACUUACUGAUGUGUUACUGUCUAAAUAAGGCACAGGCAGGUGACAAUAAACAGCUGAUUGGGGAAAUGCGUGAUCUGAAAGCUGAAUCAAGUCAUGAAGCUGAAUCCAAGAAUGCUCAGAUUGUUUAGAAUGGACACAACAGUCUUCGUCUGCUGAUCCUACUGAGACGGUCACGUUCUCUGUCUUCCUGCUAUUGACUCAAGCUUGAAAUACUCAAUGUUAUAUGUUUUGGACCUGCCCGAGUCUUGGAAAAUAUUGGAAAGAAGUAUUUCAAACUUGCUUGACACUUGUUAAAGUUUAAGCCUAAUCCUUUGAUGCUUUAUUUGGUAUUGUUGGAGGAAAGGAUGUUAGUUUGUAGUCAUCUGAUUGCACACUUUGGCUUCUAUGUCUCUGAUGGUCAGAAGGACGCUCUUGCUUAAAUGGAAAGAUGCGGCCCCUCCUAUUCACGCCCAAUGAUUACAUGAUCUGAUGUCAUGUUUAAAUUUAGAGAAGAUUCUAUGUUCAAUCUCUGAAUCUAGUCAAGACUUUAACAUCACGAGGAGAGGAGAAGGUGGCAGCGUGACGCAGCGUGCUUGGCUGCUCCGAAAUGAUAUCGGUAUUUGUUAAGUAGGUACCGUGCACAAUCCUGAUUUGAUGGAGACAGAUGUGAGCAGCACGGAGGAACAUCUGGAGAAACUUCUGAAAUCCCCGCUUCGCUGCCGCUGCUACUGUGUGAUCGAGAAUCUCUGGAGGGGAAGGCCCCAAAUCCUCAGCUUUUCCUAUUGCCUGUUGCCGGGGCUUGGGUCGAAGCGCUCGGAAGAGAUGGUGCUCGGUGUCGGAGGGCUGGUUGGAGGGUUGAAGUUUUCAGACGGACUCAAGAGUUGAUUGUGGGUCGGCUGCUUCCAGGGUGCUGCAUCGGCAAGUUUGCAGCGCUGGAGGUUCAUGGCAGGGGGAGUUUUUUUCUUCCUUCUACCGUCUGCGUGAGAUGAUGGGACUUUCGAGAGACUUUGAGACUUUUUUACCGUGCCCGUGGUCUGUUCUUCAUCAAAUUACGGUAUUGCUUUGCACUGUUGUAACUAUAUAAUUAUGUGGUUUUUGUCAGUUUUUUUUAGUCUUGGUUUGUCUUGUGUUUCUGUGGUAUAUCAGAGGAACAUUGUAUCAUUUCUUAAUGCAUGCAGUACUAAAUGACAAUAAAACAGUACUGCGUGUCCUCAUAAUCUAAUCUAAUCUAAACGUUGUGGGGACCUUUUCUGAAUUAUUUUCAAAAUCUUUGAUUUGCCGUUAAAGCACAGAUGAAGACUAAUAUUUUUUCCAGCACACACCUCACAUCAUAGUCCCCCAAGUCAAUCAUCCACAUACGCCAAAACUCCAAACACCUCCACAUCCCCCAUGGUCUUCCCCAUGCCCCGCGGGAAGGUUGCAGGGGCUCCGGAUAUGCCCUGUGGCAUCUUUUCAGAUCAGAAGAAUCCUAGGGUCUGGAUUCACCUUGGGGGACUAUGAUGUGAGGCAAGUGGCGGAGCCCUGGACAGCCAUUGAAGAAUUGGAGUUCAUGCUCAUCAAAGUGGAGAUGGGGAAACGUAAUUCCGAUCCGAAACUGUGGUCAUUUACUGAUGAAUUAAUCCAGAGAGACGAAACAAUGACUAUCCUUCGAAAGGAUCAGCAGAAACUCAAGAAAUCGAUCUAGAACAGAUUGUAAGAAGCCCAGGGGACCUAUAACGGCCGUCUUCUCCUUGUUGGCCUCAUUCAUCAGGAUCUGGCAACAUCCACUCCUCAGAUCCAGCACAUUAAACCACGUCGCACCAUUCAGACAGGCUAUCACAUCUUCGGCCUCAAAGCCCAUAAAAAACAAUAGCUUAUAGACACACAAGAAAGAAUAACAUCUAUGCCAAUUGGUUCGUUUUACCUCUUAUCAAUAAUAUAACCCAAACAAGUUGUGAAAGAGAAGCACUUUCUCAGCAGUUAACAUAACAAAGAAGCCAUUUUAUUCUAACAUAACAAAGAAGCCAUUUUCAUUAGCCUUAGCAGUAACAUAAAAGAAGAAACCCCUUACACUUAUUUUUAAAUGAUAGAUUGUUCAGAAGUACCAUUUCUUUUAUAUCUUUCUUCCUUUGUCUUACAUCCCUUAGCAUUAAUUCCCCUCUCAGCAUUGUUUCUCAGCUCUUUAUUUAGUUUGUUUGUAUCUGUAUGUUUAUUUGUAUUUUAAAAUAAACUAAACCUUUGAAAUUCAGACUGCUUGCCAAUCUUAACUCCUGGAAGAACUCUUAGCAUCAGAAAUUAAACAGAGAUUCAACAACUAACUCCUCCUAACUACACAAUGUCCACAUCUCUCCAUCUUCCUUACAU